AUGGAGUCCUCACAGGGUAAAACAGAAGUCACGUACAUGGAGGAGGGCAAGGGGUCAUCUCACGACGCAGCAGACAAUACUGCAGAGGUUGACGUCCAGAGAGAGGCAACGGGAGACCUCAAGCUCGACAAACACGGCCUGCCCCUUUCACCACAGCCAACAGACCGGAAGGAUGAUCCUCUUAACUGGUCACCGUCACUCAAACUGUUUGUGCUCCUCCAGGUCUCGUUUCUUGCCUUUCUCGGGCCCAUGGCAGGUGCCAUUGUCAACCCAGCCUUCGUACCACUCAGCAAGCAGUUCAACAUCAGCAUCGUCGAGGCCUCUUAUGAACUUACGGUGUAUAUUGUCUUUGCCGGCAUCGGGCCGCUGUUCACAGUGCCCUUGGCCAACGUCUAUGGCCGAAGACCUGUCUACAUCCUGGGCAACCUGUUGGCGGCCGUGACCAACAUUGCCGCGGGAUACUGCAACACAUGGACUGGAAUCAUGAUUACCCGGGCGUUCAACGGCAUCGGGGCUGGUUCACCCACCGCCAUCGGCGCAGCGACCAUUUGCGAUUUGUACUUCAUGCACGAGCGAGGCUUUUACAUGGGCAUCUUCACAUUCUUCCUCACUAACGGACCGCACGCGGCGUCCCUGCUUGGUGGUUUCAUCGCUCAGAAUCUGGGCUGGAGAAAAUGCUUCUUGAUCCCAGUAAGUCCCUGCCCAGUACGAUCCUCUAUUAUACUAACCGGGCUGUCUGCACAGGGCUACAUCCAACUUGGCUUCUGUGUGGUCACCAUCUUCUGCCUUCCGGAAACAAUCUACUCGCGCCGAACCAUCGCAAACCAACGAGAACGCUCGUUCAUGGAUCUCCUGCUCUUCCGCAAAUCCUCGCUGCAUGACCGCAAAUUGAAAUUCAGCGAUUUCCUACGGCCGUUCUACAUGCUGAAGUAUGUCGCCAUUGUGAUUCCAGGCCUCUACUACAUGACGGCCUUCGGAUUUGGAUCCGUCAUGUUCGCCGCCACCGGAUCACAGCUCUUCCGCUCACUAUACCACUUCAACGUCGCGCAGACCGGCAUGUUGCUGAGCAUACCACUUCUCAUCGGCUGUCUGAUCGGCGAGAUGAAUGCUGGCUGGCUCACUGAUUGGAUGGUCUACCGCUACGCGAAAAAGAACGGAGGUCGACGCGAGCCCGAACCACGUAUCAAUGCCCUUGUCCUUGCUGCGCUCUGCCCCAUCGGCAUCAUCAUCGACGGCGUCUGCUUGUCGCACUACAGAACCACCUCGUGGGUGGGAGCGGCUUUCGGCAUGGGAAUCGCGAAUUUCGGCUUGCAGAUCGCCACGACGGUGACCUACACCUAUUGCACAGAUUGCUACAAGCCCCAGAGUUCCGAAAUCUCCAGUAUUCUCAACGUCUUCCGCAACGUCUUCUCCAUGACAAUCUCAUUCUACGCCAUCCCACUGGGCGAAAAGAUCCAAUUCCAGUACGCGUGGUUGACAUUCACCAUGAUCCACAUUGUCUUCAUGAUUCCCAUGGUCCUCCUCCGCUUCAAGGGCGUCCAGUGGAGGAACAGCUCCUGGCAGAAGCCGCCGACCUUCCACAACGACAUCUAA